CACUUUAGUAUAAGUUAACUAAUUGUUUAGUUUUGCACUUAUCUGACAAAAAUUUGGUGACUUUUAAAAAAGUUUGUGUAAAAGCCAAAUAGUAAAACAACUUUUUAAUGGUCAUCACAAAUAUGGUCACUUAUAAUCAAUCUCUUGAAAUGUUUCGACAGACCGGUCACAGAGAUAUGACUCUAAUGGCUGACAACGACAAUGAGGUGUCCGUCGACUCAAAUGAAGACGAAGAACAACUUGAUAUUGACAUUACCGACGAGUUUGACGAUAAAGAAUAUAACAGUUUUGAUGAUAAAUCUAAAGACAAAUCAGAGAUGAAUGAAUCAGACGCGGGAUCAACAACUGCAACGUCGGGCACAAAGAAGUCUCAUGUCGUCAAACCCGCCUAUUCUUAUAUAGCGCUCAUAACAAUGGCUAUUCUUCAAUCACCUGAAAAGAAACUAACUCUUAGUGGUAUUUGUGAUUUCAUUAAGAGUCGGUUCCCAUUUUAUCGGGAGAAGUACCCGAUGUGGCAAAACAGCAUACGACACAAUCUGUCACUUAAUGAUUGCUUUAUCAAAAUUCCUCGCGAACCGGGAAAUCCCGGUAAAGGCAACUAUUGGACACUGGAUCCGGCAUCUGAAGACAUGUUUGAUAACGGAUCGUUUCUAAGAAGAAGAAAGCGAUACAAACGACAUCAAAAUGAGUUUAUGAGAGAUGGCUUUUGUUUGCCGGGUAUGGAUCCCUACCGAACCAAUAGUUUUAUUAAUCAUCCGGCACUUAUGGGUGGUUAUCCUUUUCUUGCACCAUUGCCACCAUCAAUACCAUUAUUAUCACCUCAUGAGUUUGCAACUCGACCUCCGCUUCAACCCAUUAACCUCACAAUUGGGCCGACAAGUAGUCAUAUUAACCAAUCUCAAGAGAUGACAAAUCAUUUGAUGGGACAAAUGAUUGAGACUCCAAAUGUUACGCCAUCACCACCGAUGACACAAUCAAAUAUAAUGCAUACAUCUUCGCCAUCAUUAGUGACGACACCAACCAAAUCGAAAUCUAAUUUUUCAAUUGAUAGUCUUAUCGGCGCUAAUAAGCUAUCAUUAAAUGAAAUUAAAAACAAGUCAACAAACUAUUCAUCAAAUAUGAUAAGUUGUCCUCAAUUUACGCCACGACCUAAUCAGUGCUCCGAUACAAUGAUUAGGCCACCAGUGCUUCCGAUUCAUAAUACAAUACUGACUCAAUUUUCUAGACUACCGAUCAAUUCUUCUUCAUUGGUUGGAAAUAAUGGAGAUAUGUCUCUAAUGUUUGGUCGCAAUGAUAUUCCUCUGAUACCAAACAAUGGUAACAUUAAUGACAUGAAUUCAUCGCUUGAUAUGGAAAAGUAUAGACAUCUACUACUUCUUCAGGCAUCAGUUAAUAACAAUAUAAGUGUUGCAAAUCAUCUCAACUUUGAACAAAAAGUUCUUUCCUCUAAUUGGCGAUGA